AUGAAGGCUGCCUAUUUUCUAGUUUUCUUUUUUCUCUACUCCUCCUUCUCAUCUUUCUCUUCUGCUCUAACUGAUGCUGAAGCGUCCUUCAUUGCCCGUCGCCAGCUCCUACAUUUUCACGCAGGCCAUGACCUGCGCGGCGACCAUGAAUAUGAAGUUGAGUUGAACUUGAAGUUUCCACAUCCCAGGCUUAGACGUGCAUACGUUGCACUUCAAGCUUGGAAAAAGGCCAUUUACUCAGACCCUCUUAAAACUACUGAGAACUGGGUUGGUGCUAAUGUUUGUGCUUACACUGGAGUAUUUUGUGCCCCGGCUCUUGAUGACCCACAGUUAGAGGUUGUGGCUGGCAUUGACAUCAACCAUGCAGACAUUGCAGGGUACCUUCCUGUUGAAUUAGGCAUGUUGAGUGACAUUGCCGUGUUCCACAUCAACACGAACAGGUUCUGUGGUAUCAUCCCUAAGAGCUUUGCUAGGCUAACUCUUCUCCACGAGCUCGACGUUAGCAACAACCGCUUUGUGGGAUCGUUCCCGGAGGUGGUCCUGCAAAUUCCAAACCUCAAGUACCUUGACCUCAGGUUCAAUGACUUUGAGGGGAAAUUGCCUCCUGAGCUCUUCAACAAGGAAUUGGAUGCCCUGUUCUUGAACAACAACAGGUUCACAUCCACCAUCCCUGACACUCUUGGCAACUCCCCCAUCUCUGUUCUUGUGGUCGCAAACAAUCAUCUCGAGGGCUGCAUCCCUAAUAGCAUUGGAAAAAUGGUAAACAAUUUGAAUGAGGCCAUCUUCUCCCACAACAAGUUUGCUGGGUGUUUGCCUCCUGAAAUUGGGUACCUCUCAAACGUGACUGUGUUUGAUGUUAGUUCAAACACAUUGAGUGGGCUCCUGUCCAAGACUUUCAAAGGCCUUGAGAAGGUGGAGGAGUUGAACAUUGCACACAACAUGCUAACUGGGUUUGUUCCCAAGAGUCUCUGCAAAUUGCCUAGCUUGGGAAAUUUUACGUUUUCCUACAACUACUUCAACGGCGAGGAUCAAGAAUGUGUGCCACCUUCUCGGAAGGACACACUGUUUGAUGACACAAGCAACUGCUUACCAAAUAGGCCUAAGCAGAAGUCAGCAAAACAAUGUCAAGUUGUGGUGAACAAGCCAGUGGAUUGUGGCAGGGCAAAGUGCGGAGGUCGACCAGCACCUUCAAAACCUUCUUCUCCUGCACCCAAGGAGGAGCCACCCAAACAACAACCUCCUAAAGAGGAACCACCCAAACAACAACCGCCCCAAGAAGAAACUCCCACACUAGAGCCACAACCACCUAAACCAGAGCUAUCUCCGGAGCCAGUUCCAGAGACUCCAGAACCAGUUGCCAGCCCCCCUCAAAUAGUGGUAGCACCAUCACCACCCCCACUCACACCCACAAGGCAAAGUCCCAUUGUUCCGGUUCUCCCUCACCCACCACCAGUUCACUCUCCACCACCACCAGUCCACUCUCCACCACCGCCAGUUCACUCGCCUCCUCCACCAGUGCAUUCACCUCCACCACCAGUUCACUCUCCACCACCACCAGUCCACUCUCCACCACCUCCAGUUCACUCGCCUCCUCCACCAGUGCAUUCACCUCCACCACCAGUUGACUCUCCACCACCACCAGUCCACUCUUCUCCACCCAUAGUCAACUCGCCCCCACCACCAGUACAAUCUCCUCCACCUCCAGUUCACUCUCCACCACCCCCAGUCAACUCUCCACCACCACCACCCACCCAGUCUCCACCGCCUCCAGAAAACUCCCCUCCACCACCUUCUCCUUCUCUUUCACCUCCUCCUCCCGUUGUCUCAUCACCCCCUCCAGUAGAUGACUUUGUUCUGCCACCAAACUUCGGCUCCCAAUACUCAUCUCCACCUCCACCAAUGUUCUCGGGCUACUAAGCAAUAUGAUAUCAGACGCUCCAGAAAGCAACUGUUUUUAAUUUUUUAUAUAUAUAAAUUAUACAAUCUCACAUAAACGCACCCACUAUUGUUAGUUGAUCAUAGCUUGUACUUCAUGACAUCAAUCAAAGUGUAAAUCUUCUUUCAUAUGCCUACUUAAUGCAAUAAAGGAAAUUU